AUGUCUUCUGGAAUUUGCUCAUCGAAGAACGCUAUCGAUACCGCCUCCGGACUCAAAUACCAAAGGAAUAAAACAACUACUGGAAUGUGGAUAUAUUUUUUAUUUUUGGCUGGAGCGUUUGCUCUUCCAGCCAAAGAUGCUUAUGAAGUUGAUAAUGAAUCAUCAAGGAAAAUAUUAGGAUCCAGUGUGGUAACGUCAGUAUCUGUGAUCAUGGACACAGGAAACGGAUCCAAGGCAGUAUUCAGGGAUGCAGUUGGCAAACCUGUAUCUAAACCCAUGGCAGGAUCGGAGGUAGCAAGCCCUAUAGACCUACUCAAUCCAGACAGAUACGAAUUCUAUACUUUCGACGAUAGCGGUGAUUUAGUUAAAAGGCUAAUGACUUUGGAAGAAAUCCAAGGAAUUGUAGCGACAGGGGAUAGCGGAUUUGAUAUGGAUUCGGUGGGUGUUGAUUAUACUCCAGAAAAGCGCGUCAAUGAUAUUGUAAAUAAUGUGCAGAACGUUUUGAAAGAAGAAAUGGAGAUACAUAGAGACACAAUUGAUACUAAACCGUUGUUUGAUACGCCUGAUGUUUCUGAUUCAUGGAGCAUGAUUUUACCGGCCAUUUUUGGAAACUCUGGGGAAGAUAUUAAACCUGAAAAACCACAAGCGCAUGUCACUCCAGAUACUAUAAUGAUUGAACCAACAACUCGGCCAAUAAAAUCAAGCACAAUGACAAAACCGUUCCAGAGCAGCACAAUUAUUGAUAAUAUUGUUUAUCCUUCAUCGUUAUCUUCUCCACCACAUUCGGUAACUACAGUCAGGUCAACCACUCUUAGCAGCCAGGUUUCAUCAAAAAUCAUGUCAACUACGGAAAAAUUAGUUAGUGCGCCUGGAAUUUUAAACCCGAACAUUAAUGUUGAGAUAUAUUCGCAUUCUCAUUCGACUACAGAAAGAAAUAUGUUUACUCCCAUUGAUGCUAUCGAAGUUUCCAAGGAAAAUUCAAGACCGGAAAACAAUUUAGAAGUAUCAAGAUUACCUUAUAUAACUAAAUUACCUUUAACAACUAAAUUACCAUCAACAACUAAAACCCCUUCAACAACUAAAAUACCAUCAACAACUAAAACUCCAUCAACCACUAAAACUUCAUCAACAACUAAAACUCCACCAACCACUAAAACUUCAUCAGCCACUCAAACUUCAUCAACAACUAAAAUUCCAUUUACCACUAAAAUAAUGACAAUUGCUUCAUCUACAACCAAAGUGCCAUCUACUUCGAAUUAUCCAUCAUCCACUUUAAUGACGACACAAUCAAACGUAGCCACCAAACUACCAUUAUCAACUACUGUAAGAUUAUCCACUCUUAUUCCUUUCUCUACAUACGAUCCAAAAGUAGCCUCAACACAAAUAACCAGCUCUAAACCAAUGACAUCCGAAUCAUCUCUUCCAACCGAUGUAAUUCAAAACUCUUUACCAACGUUGACCGAUCUUCUCCACAUCAAAAAUCCUGAACCGUCUCCCACAUCCAUUUCCUCUAUCAAAAACAUGAGUGAAGCUACAACAGUUACCCAAGAAGAAUCGACAGCUGAGCUAACCACAUUUUCGUACGUAAUGAGCAACAAGGAUAUUCCAACUACCACUAAAUCGAAAGAUGAAAAACCCACGUAUAACCCACCUACACUAGAUGAACUUCUUCAAAGCCUGCAACAAAAAACUGCCAUUUCUGAUGACUUAAAUACAUUGGCAAGUGAAUAUAUUAAACCCAAUAAAAACUUCAGUACCACGGAGAGUUCUCUAACAACACUACCGAUUAUUUAUUUAACUACCGCUUCCUUACCUAGCACAGUUAAGGAAGAGAAAAUUACAACUACCAGUGCAUUGGAUAAACUACUUUUAACAUACACAAAUAUUUACGAAAUUAACAAUGAGCUUUUAGAAAACGCUACUACCACAGAACAAGAGUUUGAUAAGGAAAGUGAAAGUCAAUAUUUCACCACAAAACAAGAGCAACCAACCACAGAAGAAAUAACUGAAACUUCCCCAGAUGAUUACACUAAACCUACUGUUAUUAACUUAAACGAUCCAACAAAACAAACCACAACCAACGAAAAUCUUAUUUCCAGCAUCGAACAACUAUUAUCGCAGGCUGUAGGGCAAAUUAAAGACACCGUAGUAACCAAAAACGAACAUGUUAUAGUGGAAAAUCUCUUGAAUGAUACUGCAAAUAAAACAAUGGAGGAAGUCCAAAAAGAAACAGCUACGGCAGCAUCGACUUUAAUGGAGAGUUCCCAAGAUAUUCAAACUCCAACAGAACAAAAUUUGUUAAACGAUAUUGCCUCAGCUAAUACAAACCUAUUAAGUGGUUCUGUAGGAUCCCUAUUGUCCCAAGUAUAUGGGAUUAAUAAUCCUUCAUUUACAACCUUAAGUGAUUUAGCGACUGACAAAUAUCCAACCACAAACUUCAACAGAAAAAAUGAAGAUAGUACAUAUAUGUAUUACUUAAAAACAACUGAAGCAACUAACACGGAAGUAACCACUGAAAUGCCCGAAAAAGUGACCGACAAAUACGAAGAAAUUGAAAUAUUUGAACAAACCACUAUAGAAUAUGUAACUGAGUUAUUAAAUAAAAACAAGUUGGAGACUGAAGAUACAUACGAACCUCAUAUAAUCAACAUAACAAUUAUUGGAGCUGAAAAGAAACCAGGAAAACUCGAUACAAGUUUAGAAGAGGAAUAUUUCAAGGAAAAAUUGAAAAACGAAACUGAAUCAAUUUCUGUUACGACUGAGGUAGUUCCAGAACCCAUUACAAAUGUUGCCACAACUGAAAAAAGAGAAGAUCCUACCACAAUUUACUUUAACAUAGUUGAUACGACUAUUGAUAUGACUACAGAACAAGCCACUACAGUUGAAGAUAUAAUCCCUAGCGUUGUUGUUACUAUUAACGAAAAAGCAAAUAAAACACUGGAAGCUAACAAUUUCAAACAUGAAACUUUAUCAACAAUUGUAAAUAAUAAAAUCCAAACCACAAUGUUGCCUGUGGAUGAAUAUACCAGUUCUCCAAUUUCGACCUUAAAAUUUACUACUGAAAUGGAUGCCACUAAAAGUAUAGCCCAAACCCAAAUCGAAAUGAUGAACCAAAAAAUAACUGAAAACAUAAUUUCUACAACAAUAUUACCCAAAAUUACGAUGAACGAAGAACCCGAGGACAAAAACAAACAAUCCUGGACGUUAGUUCCAACUAUUUCGCCACAUUCAGAAAAACCAAAUAAAUCUAGAAAUAGUACCACAAGUCAUCCAAUCACGGCAAUCGUGGAACCACCAGUGCCAGUAGAUUUGAUUCCAAAACCACUACAAGGUUUUGGAUUGGAAGAUAGCACUUCCACAUUGGACACAGACAUCUAUCAAUUUGUACAACUCUGCAACGAAUUGGCAUUCGGAUUGUGGAAAUCUGUAACAAGCAGCAUAAGCACCGCAAGAAGCGUUGUGGUUUCGCCAUUUGCCGCUUCCUCUCUUUUGGCUAUGGUUUUCUUGGGAGCCAGGGGAGCCACCUCAGGAGAAAUGAACGAAAUUUUAAAAUUAGACGACAUGGUCACCUUCAACCCUCAUUUAAUAUUCAAAAAUAUUACUGAAUCAAUACAAUCGACACCGGAAUCUGGUGUAGCUAUUUCCGCCAUUGUAAGAGAGUUAUACAGCGAUAAGAGCAAAGGUCCAAUUUUAGGUUUUUACAAGGAAAGAGCAAAGCAGUUCUACGAUGGACACAUUGAAGAAGUCAGUUUUAAGGAGAUUGGGGAUGUAAUUCGAAGAAGAACUAACUUGUUGGUCAAGAAAUACUCCAAGGGAAAAAUUGCUGAAUAUCUUAAAGAUGCUAGUAUCAUAGUCAAGUCUCCUUUGGCCGGAGUGAGCAUUAACAUUUUUCAGACCGAUUGCAGUCAUGCCUCCACAGAAGGUCGCGAUGGAGAACUACAUUUUGUCGUACUUCCCUCAAUAAGACAAAGAAGGUUAAUACCCAUUCCAGCAAUACUAUACAGAUCAGGUUUCCUAGCAGGCUACGAGCCAAGUUUAGAUGCUACUGCUGUUGCUCUUGGAACAAAAGAUCAAGUAGUCAGUACCAUAUUUAUAAUACCGGGCCAGCAAGGUAUCGCAGCACCAGGAGACGGUUUGGCGAGGUUGGAGAAACGUUUGGUUGAAAGUUCGUUUAAGAAGGGAGCAUGGUCGAGGUUAUUAAGAGCAUUGAUUCCCAGACCUGGUUUAGAGGUGCAAAUACCUAGAUUCUCUCAUAGAUCAGUGGUAAACGCAACUUGGGCUUUAAAGAAAAUGGGAUUGAAAGAUCUAUUUAACCCUCUAAAGGCUGAUCUUAAGGGACUUAACGGUGUUGCGCAUGAAUUGCACUUUUCAGAAAUGAUUCAAAUCAAUAACUUUGCCACCUGUGGAGACGAGAGGAUAGGGGAGACACACCAUUCCGAAAUCUACCCAGCAACCCCGUCAUCGGCUAGAAGUGCAAGGUAUAUGGAAUUCACCGACCAAAUGGACUUUUUGGAGGAACCAAGGGAUUACCAAAGGGCUUUCCAUGACCCCCUACACGACCCAACUUACCUAUCGUUGCCCCUUUCACAACGUCCAAGACAAGCAAGGAUUCCGGAAAUACCUAGAUUAAGAUUUGAUAGACCAUUUUUGUAUGUAGUAAGGCACAACCCUACAGGACUUAUAUUACACAUGGGUAGAUUUAAUCCUAGGUUACUGCCAUAAAUUAUCGACUUUUAUUAGUUUUUUGCCAAAUUAAAACUCCAUACUAUUUGUAAAUAGCUUUAAAUUUAAUACACAGAUUUUGAAAUGUAACUAUGUAUUAUAUGGCAGCAAGUGUGUUUGCUAAAUUUAAAAUUAAUCUUGCGGUACCUAUAUAGAUUUUUAGUUACAUGUCGAAAAAAACCUAAUUUAUUUUUAUCUCAAAUACAUUAUUGUUAAUUCAUCAUAGGUAAAAUACGUAGUAUUUAUAAAAGAAAAGCUGUUCCACACUAUAAUACUUGCGUUGUAUUACAUUAUGGAAUGGCAAGAUUUUAAAUUAUUUUUGGGUAGAAAUAACAAUUUUUUUGUUUUAU